AUGAUUUUGCAGAUCUACAACGCCACGACGGGAGAGACAAUCGCAUCGUGUGACAGGCAGUUCACCGUUAGAAAUGCGCAGGUAGUUUGCCGUGAACUGGGACUCGAGACAAUGAACGCCUAUCAUUGGCUCACACCUCGUUGGGAAUACAAUCCCCAGAUUCGACUCGUGAAGACGUACGUCGAACCACGUGAAUGUAGAGGAACUGAGCCGAGUCUCGACAGGUGUCAACUUCGUCUCACCGGCAACGACUCUCAAUGGCAAUGCAUGGACAACGAACACUUCAAUUACAUCUACUGCGGACCAAACACUACCUUGGACCGGAUUUACAUUGGUAAUUGGGGAGGCCUCAGUUUUGCUCGAGCAUCCCUGGAACUGGAUCAGCUUCCAGCAAAAGGUCAUUUUUUCUUGGUUUUUCUCCAGGCUGCAUUUAUCCAUAGUCCACUG